CGCAAAGUGUUACUCAACGUUUUUGUUGCAUUUCAAAGUUUUGAAUUUGAUUAUAAUACUUCGACAAUGACGGACGUAGAAUCGCAAGAACAAAACAACUUGGCCUCAACCGCAGAAGAUGCUUCGCCUGUAAAGGUUAAAGCUGAAACGGCGACGAAGAAGAAAAGCCCGCGAUCAAAAGCGACUCAUCCACCCACAUCUGAAAUGGUUAAUUCCGCGAUUAAAAGCCUCAAAGAACGCGGAGGAUCAUCAGUUCAAGCUAUUAAGAAGUAUAUGGCUGCGAAUUACAAAGUCGACGCAGAAAAAAUGGCCCCAUUCAUCAAGAAAUUCUUGAAAUCCGCCGUUGCUUCAGGGACUAUCAUCCAAACCAAAGGGAAAGGAGCAUCUGGAUCGUUUAAAUUGGCAUCGGUGCCUUCGAAAAAGCCCGAUAAACCAGCUCCGAAACCCAAACGGAAGGCUACCGCAGUAUUAAAGAAAUCAAAAGCUCGCGCUGCCACCGCGAAAGCAGCAUCGCCCGCAAAGCCCAAAAAACCGGCGACAACCACUUCUCCCGCCAAGAAAAAGGCGGCAGCCAAAGCAAGGAAAUCGCCAGAAAAGAAAGAAACCACGAGUACCGUAGCGGCUGCAACCAAAACGGCCGCCGCGACGAAAGCUAAAUCGCCCUCAAAGGCUAAAAAGACCACUAAAAGCCCUACUAAAAAACCGAAAGCGCCGAAACCCAAAACCGCCAAGAAAGUUGUCGCUCAAAAAUCGCCAGCGAAAAAGAAGGCAUCCCCGAAGAAAAAGUGAACGUAAUUAGAUGGAGUAUCAAACAUUUUUGAAAUUUUAUUACGACUAAGGUCAAGCCCCACAAAGGCCCUUUUUAGGGCCACAA